AUGGCUUACAGCGAUACUAAGCACGUUGCCAUUAUCGGCUGUGGCACAAUCGGCCGCCAGGUUGCUCUAGUCUACGGUCAACACAACCGCAGAGUGACUUUGUACGAUAAAAACGAAGACGUUGCGCAGGAUGCUCUGCACUGGAUUGAGUCACAGCUCGAUCAAAAAGCGAACCAGCCCAAUCAUGUGAAGAUCACCCGAGACCUAAAAGACGCCGCCGAGAAUGCGUGGAUGGUAACCGAGUGCAUUGCCGAGGACAUCGAUGCCAAGAAGCAAUUGCUGAACACCUUGAGCUCUUUGUGCGCUUCGAACAUAAUCAUCACGACAAAUUCAUCCUCGAUUCGCAGCAGUGUCCUGGUCGAAGGUAUCACAGCUGCGAGCCAACGUCGCAUUCUGAACGCUCAUUACUUUCCUCCAGCGCAGGGGCCUUUCGUCGAACUCAUGUCAUGCGGACAAACAAGCCCUGCUGUUAUCGAAUCUCUGACGCAGGAGCUCCGCGAGAUCGGGCGUCGUCCGGUGGUCUGCCGAGCCGACUCGACGGGGUUCAUCAUGAACCGUAUCUGGGCGGCGGUCAAGCGUGAGAUCAUGAUGGUGCUUGCGGAUGGCGCGGGAAGCCCGACGGAUAUUGAUGCGAUGCUCAAGCAGGCCAUGCAAGCCAAGUAUGGGCCCUGCGAGCUCAUGGAUUUUGUGGGCUUGCAGACAGUGUGCGACAUUGAGGAGAUUUAUCUCAAGGAACGAACGUACCUCCCGUCUUACGCACUGACAUUCUUCCGAGAGAACUAUGUGAAGUCAGGCACUGGUAGGUUGCGGCCCCCGUCACGGGAAGAAGACGAGAAGCAGGCGGGUCACAGUCGACUUCGGGAUCGAUUGUUGGGAGCUUGGGACCUGGUGGAGUGCACAUCGGUGUCCAGUUCCCGGCCAGGCUCCCAGCAAAAAGAUCAUCCUUUAGGCAGAGAGAUCGGCAGAGAGAUAUCGGGCCACUUGAUCUACAGCGAGGCGGGUUAUGUCUCCGCGCAGCUGCGAAUUCCCGGCCAAGCUGAGUUCAAGUCGGUUGACUAUUGGACUGCCACGCCCGAGGAGCAUUCCCAGGCGGCCCGACGGUAUUUCGCAUACUCCGGUCAAUUCUACGUGGAUGACGAUAGCGAGAAACCAGCCGUUCAGCAUCGAUUUACACACUGUAUCUACCCGAACAUGAUUGGGCAACUGGAAAGACGGCUUGUACAUCUUGAGACGGAUAAUGGUUGCGAUAUAUUGAGGCUCACCCCGGAGGAACCGACGAUCACCCCUGAAGGGAGGAAGAUCAUUCCUGAGUUGACAUGGAGGCGCUUGCCGGUGAAUAAUCGAUGUGUAUGA